AUGCCCUACGAUUGGUUCCAAGUCGAGCGAUAUCUUACACGGAUUCGCAGCACGGUCCUGAGUGAUUUGCACUUUGGAGAGAAUCCUUGGGAUGACUGGGGUCCUGAACAAGAUAGGAAGAGUCUAGUUUUGCUGAGGCGGGUGUUCAGAGAGGAACAACCUGACUAUGUUGUUAUAAACGGGGACCUUGUUACCGGCGAGAAUACCUUCAAGCACAAUGCUACGCUACUCAUCGACCAAAUAAUCGGGCCAAUAAACGAGGCUGGUAUGCCUUUCUCUUCGAUUCAUGGUAAUCAUGACAACCAGCGAAACAUAUCUCACAUGCAAGAGAUUCAACGAGAGCUCAAAGUCGCCAAAAGGACUUACACUAGAGCCGCCCCGAAGGGGAUUGGUGGUGAGGGAGGGGAAGGAAAUUACUGGGUCCCAAUCUACAAAUGCACGGAUGAUCGAGUCCCCGUGCUGAUACUCUGGUUCUUUGAUUCGCGAGGGGGAGAGUCCCUUGGUGAAAACUCUCGUCCUGUAGAAGACUGGGUACAUCCUUCGGUCGCCAAAUGGAUAAGGAGUGAAGUAAAAGCUAUGAAGGAUGCAUGGGGGAGCAUGGAAAAUGUAGGAGCGCUGGGCUUCGUUCACAUCCCACCGUUCUUGGUGCGAAGCUUGCAGGCGAACCUAAAUAGCACGGUCAGCCCUGGCCUGAAUGCUGACCAUAUGGGCGAUGGAUCCUCACAACGUGAAGGGAAGGAUCAGGCAUUUUGGCACGCUCUCACCACAUUUAUUCCCAAUCUCCAAGCGCUUGUAUCGGGACAUGAUCAUGGAAAUGAAUGGUGCGCUCGUGAACGCAAGAAGGGUGUCGUCUUUUGCUUUGCAAAGCACUCUGGCCACGGAGGAUAUGGGAAGCCAGACUGGGGAUUCGGCGUCCGCAAUGUCGUAUUCGAACAGUUUGACACCACGAGCACGUUCAAGACGUGGAUACGGAUGGAAGACGGCGAGAAAAAGGCAAUUCUUAACAUUGACGCAGCGUUCGAUCCUUGA